AAGUGCAGGGACUUAACAAUCUGGGACUUACCAGUACUUCUGCAUGUUGCUUUCAGGAGAAUAUAAUGUUAAUAACACAAUGCUAGUUGUAUGUAUAACAACACAUACCAGAUAAGGAAGGAAUAGCAGAGACACAUGGUAAGAGAGUGUUACAUUAUAUUCACCAUGAGUAUUUAAAGCUGAAUAUGUCUGUGGAGAUUGUGGAGAUUGCUGAAGAUCAUAUAGAGGGAGAAGAGACAAAGACAAGGAAAAUGCUGCCUGAAACCAUGCCAGGUGUAGCCCCAAAUCCUUUUGAUGAGGACACCCCUAUGGAUCGUCCCUCCCCUGAAGGGGGAAACCCAUUCCUUGAGGAGGUGGAAGAGAAGAGAGAGCCUAUGGGAUCAGAUGCGAAACGCAGGGGUACUCUAGAGAAGAUUGCCGGCCUCUCUCCCUUUUGGAAAGGUGGAAAGAGUCUACUGGGCGUACUAGGGACCCCGGAGAAAAGACGAGGUCGGCGCAAAUCAGAAGAUGUCAGCCUGUUGUCACAUGGGCGCAAGAAAGAAUCAAGUGGAGGAGAAGAGGAUGGAGGGGGUUUUGGUGGUGGGACAAAGCGUCUUUCCUUUCUGUGGCUCGGGGGAGGUGGAAACAGUGGAGGGAACCGGUCACAUAGGGAGUCUUUGGUGGAAGUGGUCCAGGAAAACAAUGAAGUGAUCCGAGAGAUUGAGAAAACCCGGGAACCACUCUCAGUUCUUGAGAUCCUCCACCUCAUUCAGCAAAGGGAACUGCGCUCAGCUGACCAACACAUUAUAGAACUAGAGGCAGAAUGCGAUGGAGGAGCAAGUCCAGAUGGGACUAUUAAAAGCCCGGGCCGACAAGCCAAGGAUGUGACCCUCCUCUACGAGGCUCUGAUGAAAGAAAUGUGGGCUGUGGUUGACGAGUCACUUAACAGCAAAGGGAAACAUCAAAAACUAGAUGAAGUCAUUGGUGUGAUACAGCAAGAAGAGGCUCGAGAAGGGCCUUUAGGGAACAAGAACAUGAGAAAGCAUUGGGUAGAUGCAUUAGGGAGGAGUGCGGAAAAACGAAUAAAGGGCAACUUGGAAGGAAAAAUGGGAUCACUAUCUUCACAAGCUGAAAGAGUCAAGAGGACAGCAGUGGAAGAUCUGACAUCAGUGAAAAACCAUCUGGUGUGCUCCUACCCAAAAGACUUUGACGUUUUCCGAAUCUACCUGUCAGCGUAUCACAGAAGUGUAGCCGAGUGGCUUAAUACUGCGGCAAGGCGCAAUCUUGAAAACAAUGAAAUUUACUUCAUUCUAGACUGGAAUAGUAAUGUCUACUCCAGGGAUAUCCUUUCCAGGCCUGAGAUAUCACCACUUAUUAACCCCUCUGAGUUGGGUCCUCUCCUAUCUGAUGACGUACAGAAGAUGCUGGAAGAGCAAUAUGUACAGUUCAUACAGAUCCGUGUGUCCCAGAGAUUAGACGAGGAGCUGAAACUAGAACAAGAACGCUGGAAACUUGAGGACAAAAAUGAGGACAUAAAUUCUAAUUUUAGUGGACGUGUGAUCCAGAUAAUGAAACCUCAUGUGGACCGGGCACCUGGGAUAAGUGAAGGGUUUGGGGUCAUGAUGUCUCGAUCGUGUCUAAGCUGCUUCUCAGAGUUCCUGCACAGCUUUCAGAAGGCAGUAGAAAAAUUUCAUGCUGAGCAAGACGGGCUGACGGACACCUCUGAUACCUAUAUAUCUAGGGUUGUCAGCAUUGUGAACUGCUGCCCUCCCUUCAGAGAAUUUGCUACCCGGAUGGCACAGUUAGAUGUUACACUUGGGUCUGAGCCUCUACAGAAAGCAGACUUAUCGCUAGACCGGAUAAUUACUUUGGGCACCCGAGGGAUAUGUGAUUUGGUGCUGCAUGACUUGAAGCCCUGCUCUCGGAAACUCCUGGGACGUCGGUGGCUUCAUAGCUCAGAUGCAUGUGAUGGCAUGGUGUCAACCUUAACCGAACGUGCUCCUGCACUACGAAAAAUGAUCCAAGGACCCUAUCAGGUAGCAGUCUCCGAGCUCCACCAGAGGGUACUUUUAGAACUGGUGCGUCCUCUUUUGCAAGGUAAAAUGUCCUGCACCUCUUCGAAAACCAGGAGAAAAGUAUCAGCAAAGCUGAAAGAAGAGGCCAGACAGCUGGGACAGAUUUUCACCAGACUGGAGUCGCCUCAACCAUCCUUAGAUCUGGUGAUUCCACGUCUUGCCGAGAUACUGAGCCUAGAGGACAUUGCGGCCAUACAGCUGGAAGUUGGCAUGUUAGUCACAGACUUUCCAGACUUCAGAAAACGGCACUUGUCAGCACUUUUGGAUGUACGAGGCCUUUGGGAUCCUGGUCCCAGGCAGGAGAUUCUGGGUGUUCUCCAUGACUUAGAGGCUGUGGAUACCGUAGUGCCAUCCCGUGGUUCUAAAGGAUUAUUCUCAGAUAUUUCCAUAACACGCGAAACGCGUUGCAUCAAUGUUUCCUUCCUCCGUGCCUCACAAAUGGGUCGAAGAACACUGAGUCGCAUAAGCCACCGACAAAGAAGCAGUCAAAGGCAUGUGGUCGGAGGUGUCGGGGAUGAAGAUACAUAGCUCUAAGUCUUUAUCUCACUUGGUGGUAACAAAGGAUUUUGCUUUGAGCAGUCAUUUUUGAUAAAUAACAUUUAAACCUUGUAUCCCACUUGGUGUGACAUGAUCGCUGGCGACCAUUUUGACCGUUAGGCUGCCAUUGUUCCCUGACGUUAACAGAGACCAAGGAAGUGUUCCAUGUAUGGACUUGGUGAUGUUGCCUGUGAUGUUUUAGGCACUAAAUGAACUGAAAAUCCCUGCCCCGACUUCUCUCAGUUUCCCUGUGUUUAGUGUAAUAACUUACAUAGUGGCAACUUCAGUAAUAUCUUCAGAAUUGAUUACUGUUAUGUUUCUACUGCCUGUAUUAUUAUGUCUUUAUUUCUGUGUAUAUGAAAUGGUAUAUAUUAAAGACUGGAUUAUAAUAAAUAUUAAUUUAACAAUA